AAUAAAUAAGUAAAUAAAUAAAUAAAUACAUAAAUAAGAAAACAAGUAAAUAUAUGCAACUGCCUUCGAGGAAACAUAGCUAAAAGGAACUCGUCCUUGCCGCGAAAAACACCAAAUUAACACGCACUUUCAUUGCUGUCACUUGCAGAGCGCUGGCGAGUCGAAGCAUAUACGAGUCUAUCUUUACAGCCAACUGCCACGGCAUAUAAACCAAUCCACGAAAUUACACUCUCUGUCUACAAAAAAACAAAACAAAAAAACACGGGGGUAUGAGUCAUUGCUGCCGAUUUCAUCUUUUGUACCACUGGACUAGACGCCGCAUUUUUCAGGUAUGGGCCAUUGUAACCAGCCACUUAAGGCUUUCGCCUUAACAGUAACUAUCUGUUAUAGCACAGCAGACGUAUGGCAAAGAAUUUAUCAAGUUGUCUGCGGAUGUAGGCACAGGGCAGGCGCCGGCUUGAGGAACGCCAGCGAACCCCGCGCCGCCGCCGGCUUCAGCCCUUUCGGCCCUCCGACAACCAGCUGAUUAUCGCGGGCGUUGUUUCAAGUGGCGUCGAUUACGAAGCCGCAUUGUGGCCGGGGCAAAGGCCACUCUCCAGCCCCCUCUCCCACGACAGGUGUCGAGAUUGCGCCUCACACGUGUGGUCAGCUCGCGGCAGAGGAAACGUCCGUAGGUGCACUCUACACGUAGACGCUCUGCACGUCGUCGUAAGCGGGCGGCCGGCUCGUCCCACGUGGGCCUGCUCCAAAAAGGCAGGACAAAAGCUCGUUGACGUGCGGUGAAGACCUAAGGGAAUUCAGCUCGUACAGUGAAAGAGGCUGGCAACACGGGCCGCAGGUCCACUGAAGAAAAGAGUGCACUUGGAAGCUCAUCGAGAGAGCCUGCUGGGCCGCCUGCCAAAGCAAACGGAGCGUAAUCGCGGACAUGGUGGACAAUACGUCGGGUACUCCUUCACGAGAGCGCUACUUGGUAUAAGCCGCCAAAGAGCGCUUACGUGCCACAACGAUUAGCACUCCGCUCCUGUUCCUUCCCAACGCUCCACUAUUCGGAUUUCGGCGAGGAAAGAAGCAGCGUCGCCUUCGGCGAAGAGAAAAGCGGACAUUUGCAAUUCUCGGCAAGUUCUCCAAUCCCCCAGGGCGGCGUUGUGCCAUUUCAACAUAAGGCUCUACGUCUGCAUCUACCGUGUGUUUGUCAAUUUUAAAGGACCACCUCGCUCGUUCCGUAGAAACUAAACGUAAUAUUCUCAAAUGUAAGGAAAAAAGGAUUUUUCUUGUACAUUUUGUAGAGCGUGAUAGAAGAGAAGGAGAACAAAGACUGCGACUGCUCUCUUCGGUUCGUGGCCUAUCCCCUACAGUGGGUGUGUGCCAUUAUUUGAGGUUUCAUCAUCAUCAUCAUUUUAUUCGUCGCUCACAUACCUUAUAAGAGAGGAGAACAACCAGUUCGCCUGAGCUCUCCUAUAUAUUGCUGCGCCAACUUCUACCACCCAAAUCUUCGUGCUGCUUGCCAGUUUUUUCGGCUGCAAAACUCGGAAACUAUGACGUCGUCCGGAGUGGCUACACACCCCGCCGCAAUUCAAGCCUUCCUGGUGCUCAUAAAGCUCCUUGUGGCCAUUUACGACAUCGUCACGCUCCCAGUCUACGCCAUUUUCCAGAAGCCCUGGGUGUACUGGAAGAGAAAGCGCGCUUGCUUUGCCAAGCCCGUCGUGGAGGGAGACCCUUCGUCACCCUACCGACGUUUGAAGAACAGCUCGAUCGAGAGUAUGGAAGGCGUCAAGACCUUGGACGAGCUGGCUCGAACGGCUAUCAGCCUGUACGCCCAACGGUCAGCCAUAGGAGUCCGACCAGUGCUGGGUUACAAUGAAGAGAAGCAGGCCAACGGCAAGGUGUUCAAGAAGCUCGUACUCGGCGAGUACGAGUGGAAAACGUACGAAGAGGUGGACAGCAGAAUCGACUUGACAGCGCGCGGUCUCCACGCGAUAGGUGCCAGGCCCGGUCAGUACUUGGCCAUCCUGGCCGAGACGCGCUUCGAGUGGCUGUUGACGGCGCAGGCCUGUUUUCGUACCAGCGUCCCCCUGGUGACGCUGUACGCGACGCUCAGCGACGACGGAAUAGUGAGUGCCAUCAACGAGACACAGGCGACGCACUUGGUCACGUCAGACGAUCUUCUGCCGCGUAUUCUGAGUGUGGUGAACAAAAUGCCAUCGCUGACGCACAUAGUCUCCAUGGAGAACCCUAACUCCAAGCCGUUGAAGCCGUCCACUCAAGGUCCACAGAUUGUUCCGUUUUCUAGUCUCGAGAAACGUGCCGAAAGCUGCGAGCUGCCCUCAUGCUCUCCAGCACCGGACGACGUGGCCAUUGUCAUGUUCACUAGCGGCUCCACGGGGCUGCCCAAGGGCGUCGUCUCCACGCACGCAAACCUUCUUUCAGCACUGCACAGCUUCGCCGUAGGCUGCCAGAGGUAUGACGUCUCGACCUGCAACGACACUUACGUGGCCUACUUACCCCUGGCACACAUGUUCGAACUGGUCGCCGAGCUGCAUCUCUUCGCUGUUGGCGCGCGCAUCGGCUACUCCAGUCCUCAGACGCUCACUGACAACGCUACCGCCUUGGCCCGGGGCUGUCCUGGCGACGUGACGCUUAUACAACCGACUCAGAUAGCAACCGUGCCGCUCAUACUAGACAGGCUUGUCAAGGGAAUCAGCGAAGCAGCUGCCUCGAAAGGACCGUUGUUCGAGGCUUUCUUCGACUUGGCUGUGAAGUACAAGAACUUCUGGCUAGACCUUGGCUUUGACACGCCUCUCCUCAACCGAGUUAUCUUCAAGAAAACCAGCGCAGUACUCGGCGGUAACGUCAAGGCCGUCGCCUGUGGCUCUGCACCGCUGUCCAGGGAGACCCGCCGGUAUCUUCGAGUCUGCAUGUGUUGCCCCAUCGUCGAGGGUUACGGCCUCACAGAGACAGGCGGCGCUGCUACCAUCGUGGAUGCUGAAGACGUUAUCAUGAACGGCGUAGGAGCGCCUCUACCAAGAUGCUACAUCCGGCUGGUCGACUGGCCAGAAGGCAACUACAGCGUUUCGGACCGUCCUAACCCCCGUGGUGAAGUCCUCGUUGGUGGGCCGGGUGUCGCCAAAGGGUACUUCAAGAAUGAUGAACUGACUCGUGAGUCCUUUCGCGAAGAAAGCGGUAUACGCUGGUUCUACACCGGUGACAUCGGCGAGAUGUUCCCCGACGGCACGCUCAAGAUAAUCGACCGAAAGAAGGACCUGGUAAAACUCCAAUACGGCGAGUACGUUUCGCUGGGACGCGUCGAAAUGAUUCUCAAGACCUGUCCGCUCAUCGACAACAUGUUCGCGUACGGCAAUUCCCUGCAUACGUACAUCGUGGCGUUCGUAACACCGAACCACAAGCAGUUGCUGCACCUAGCCAAGGAACUUGGCAAAGAGGAGACGUCCACUCUGAAGGAGCUGUGCGAGGACAGCGACGUUGCGAAAGCCACCACCGAGUCGAUCCAGGCAUUCGCGCGCGCCAGCGAGCUGCACAAGACAGAGGUGCCGCUCAAGCUGAAACUGUGCGCUGAAGAGUGGACGCCCGACUCGGGACUGGUCACGCCGACGUUCAAGCUUCGCAGAAAGCCACUUCAGAACUUUUACCAACGCGACAUUGACGAGAUGUACGGGUUGACGCGCGGCGCCUGCUCCGCUGCUCGACAAAGCCGACAGAGCCCGCGGAGGCGAGACACGGACGCCUUGCCGUACACGCUCUCCGUCUCUGUCAUCGUCGUCAUCCACGACAAAAGUUAUCUUAGCGCUAAAUCUUUCUCGCUCAGAGCUCAGAUAAGUAAAGCUGACAGAGAAAUCAUGUCUGCUUUCGCGGUCGACCUAGUUGUUUUUGUCGUCAAAGUCCUUGUCACUCUUUGUGACGUCAUCACCCUUCCUAUCUAUUUUGUACUUCAAAAGCCCUGGGUCUACUGGAAGCAAAAACGAAUGUGCUUCGCCAAGCCUAUCACAGAGGGUGACCCAUCGUCACCAUACGUGCACUCGGAAAAGCUCGAGAGACAGUGCCUGAAAGGGGUCCAAACGUUGAACGAAGCUACCCGCAAAGCCAUUCGUUUGUACCCCGAGCGACCCGCUUUAGGAACUCGGCCCGUCCUGGGACAAAGCGAAGUGAAGCAACCUAGCGGCAAUGUCUUCAAGAAGCUCGUUCUGGGCGACUACCAGUGGCUCACAUAUCAGGAGGUUGACGAGAAGAUUGACCUGACGGCUCGCGGUCUACAGUCAAUAGGCCUGAAGCCGCGUCAGCACUUGGGCAUCCUCGCCGAGACGCGCGCCGAGUGGUUCAUAACAGCGCAGGCCUGUUUCCGGACCAACAUCUCGCUAGUCACUCUGUACGCGACGCUUAGCAACGAAGGAAUAGUGAGUGCCGUGAACAGGACUGAGGUGACGCACCUUGUCACCUCGGCGGAACUUCUGCCUCGGGUGCUAACCAUAGCGGACAAGAUGCCGUCACUUACGCACAUUGUCUACAUGGAGGACGCUCACUCCAAACGUAGAGCACCCUUAGCCCAAGGUCCUAAGGUUAUACCAUUCUCUAGACUUCAAACCUUGGGAAGCCAGCGCUACAUGGAAGAGUGCCCACCUGGGCCUGACGAUAUUGCCAUCAUCAUGUUUACGAGCGGAUCCACAGGAAUUCCCAAAGGUGUCAUGGCUACGCACAGCAAUCUGUUGACGACCACGAGAUCCUUCGGAUUCUUCUGCCAGGGCUACGGGGCCGCAGGGAGCGAAGACACCUACAUCGCCUUCCUGCCGCUCGCCCACAUGCUUGAACUUUCUUUCGAGAUACUACUGAUGAGCGUCGGCGGACGCAUCGGCUACUCGUCUCCUCUCACGCUCACCGACAAUUCAAGCGGCAUCGCUCCGAGCUGUCGCGGAGACGCAACCGUUCUGAAGCCCACUCAGAUCACUUGCGUUCCCCUCGUAGCAGACCGUAUCCGAAAAGGAAUCAACCAAAUGGUCGCUUCCAAAGGCACCUGGUUCAAGGCGCUGUUUGACUACGCAGUUGAAUACAAAUGCUUCUGGCUGGACCUCGGUUUCAAUACUCCUAUCCUCAACCGCCUACUUUUCAACAAGACAAGCCGCCUUCUUGGUGGCAAAACCAAGUUCGUUGUGAGCGGCUCGGCCCCACUUUCCGAUCAAACGCGCUUGUUUCUCCGGGCCUGCCUGAAUUGUGCGGUGGUCGAGGGUUAUGGCCUCUCCGAGACCAGCUGCGUGACAACUGCCAUGGAUCGGCGGGACACCAGUACGGGCCGCGUCGGAUCCCCUCUGCCCGGCUGCUACCUGCGCCUGGUUGACUGGCCGGAAGGGGGCUACAGUAACACCGACAGGCCCAACCCUCGCGGUGAGGUCGUCGUGGGAGGUCCGUGCGUUGCUAAGGGCUACUUCAAGGACGGAGAACUCACGCGAGAGUCGUUUCGAGAAGAAGACGGCAUCCGCUGGUUCUACACGGGCGACGUCGGCGAGAUCUUUCCCGACGGUACGCUCAAGAUCAUCGACCGCAAGAAAGAUAUCGUCAAACUUCAGCACGGCGAGUACGUGGCACUUGCGCGCGUCGAGGCUGUGCUCAAGUCGUGUCCCCUCGUCGAAAACGCGUUCGCGUACGGCAACUCCAUGUACACCUACCUCGUGACCUUCGUAUCGCCAAACUACGAUCAACUGCGCCGGUUGGCUGGACGCCUCGGCAGGGGGCACUUGGUGACCACCAAAGAACUGUGCUACGAUGACGAAGUAGCUAGCGCCGCCCAGGAGUCGAUUCUGAACUACGCGCGCUCGUGCGAUUUGCAGAAGGCCGAGGUGCCGCGCAAAGUGAAACUGUGCCACGAGGAGUGGACGCCGGACACGGGGCUGGUCACGCCUACGCUCAAGCUUUGCAGAAAGCCGCUGCAAAAGUACUACCAGAGCGAUAUUAACGCCCUCUAUGAGUCGGAUGAGAAAGCAUUGUGCACAGCAUGAACCACCACAAAUGGCUGUGCCGGAAAUUAAACUGUACCUGUCACGCUGGAGAUACUGUUUUACAUGGCUUAGGUACAGACGUACUGAGUAUUGAGGGCGUUGAGUAUUGAUACUCAACGCCCGCACUGAAGUCACACUGACUGAUAAUGGCGUAACUACAGGCCAAGGAGAGAACGCCCACCCAAUAUUACAGUGUUGGCGGUGACCAGAUGUAAAAAAAGAAAAAGAAAGCGCGAGUGCAUUGUACAACAGCCAUGAGCCCUACCACGAACCGUCUGCUAUACACAUACAGGGAUCCCGCUGACCUGGAAUAUAAACGAGACGAUCACUUGGGCUCUGAUACCAUGUCUUUCAAAGAGUGAAACCCACCCAGUGACGACGCACAUGCAAAACUGGCCGGUCCUCUCAUAGUGGGACAUUGCGCGUUAGGCUGGACUAUGUGGAGAUGUGAAGCGUUAUGUGUUUGUACACGUUUUAUUUUCCCAUGCCCCCCUGUUUAACUGAGGCUACAAUGUCUUCAAUCUAUGUAAUAAAAAAUGAACCAAUCAAUUCUACAUGAAGACGAAUUUCAACUGCUGAAGAAUCGCAUCGAACCAAUAAAGGUUUAUUCAAUGUGGUGUU